AGGCCACGUCAAGUGGAUACUGAUGUUGAUGUCCGCAUGGGAUUCUCGUUUUCCUCAGGACUCUCCACGAAGCAAUCACGGCUUGAGGUAAGCAAAGCAAAGCUGCAGGCGGCUGCUAAUUUGUAGGCAAUUAAAAUUGAAAUAUCCAGAAACAAAGGAAUUGCUUCCACAAAAUGGUAGGGCUUCAAUCCGAUAUGCCUUCCACGAUUGCGAGUCGCGCAGCUUCCACCUUCCGCAAUCUCAACCCCGCUGUCUUCUCCGCACGCACCAUGGCGCCUCUCACAUUCUCACGAACCUUAUGGCCGUCGACCACCACCUCGCCGGUGAGGCUUAUUACGAGAGCGUUCUCCACCGGCGCUGGUGAUGUUGUCGAGAAGAUUCAAGAGAAGCCUUCGAUCUGUACGGCCGACGAGCUUCACUAUGUCUCCGUGUCGAAUUCCGAUUGGAGACUCGCUCUGUGGCGCUACUCUCCUUCCCCUCAGGCUCCUCCAAGGAAUCAUCCGUUGUUGCUUCUAUCAGGUGUGGGGACUAAUGCCAUUGGGUUUGAUCUCUCUCCUGGUUCUUCAUUUGCCCGUUACAUGGCAGGCCAGGGAUUUGACACAUGGAUUCUUGAAUUUCGAGGUGCUGGGCUGAGCAUGCAGGGUUUAAAUUCCAAACAGAUCAAGCAGUCUGCCAAUGCAAUAUCUCAGCAGAUAAAAGCUGCUGCAAGUGCAACAAAUGGAAGUUUUUCUGCAGGCCAGCAAUCUAACAUUUCUACUGGUGCUGAGUUGAGCAUGUUGGGUUUAAAUUCGAAAGAAUUUGAACAGUCUACCAAUGUCUUAUCUGAUCAGAUGGAAGCUGCUGCUAAGAGCGCACAGCAGUCAAACAUUGUUCCAGGAGCCCUGGAAGAAUCUAAAAUCUCUGCUGUUAAAGAAGACACAAUGAGAAUAGCAACAGUAUGGGAUGAGUCUAAAUUAGUGAUGAAGUUGACGGAAACUUUCAUGCUUUUAUCAGAAAGACUUUCUGGGUUUCUCAGUGAGGGCCAAUUGAAGAUUAUGUCUGCUAAAUUAUUUGAUCAAAUAUCUAAACUCAUAGAAGAUUCUCAACUAUCUGAACGUUUUAAUGAGGUAAGGGGAAAUCUUUCAAGGUUGUUGGAAACAAGGCAAAAUUCAGGUAUCACUAGCCAAAUCAGGGAUCUGAGUCAACGGCUUGUAAAUAUUAUUGAAGAAGGUCAACGAUCUGUAUCACCUCAAUUGUUUGACUUGCAAGAGCGAUUUUCUUCAACCAUAGAAGAUUUCCAGAAGCAACUUGACUUGAUUGUGAAAUAUGAUUGGGACUUUGAUCAAUAUCUGGAAGAGGAUGUUCCUGCUGCGAUGGAAUAUAUAAUGGCUCAAACAAAGCCAAAGGAUGGUAAGUUGCUGGCAAUUGGACACUCCAUGGGAGGCAUAUUGCUAUAUGCAAGGUUAUCAAAAUAUGGUUUUGAAGGAAGAGAUCCUAGAUUAGCAGCUAUUGUUACUUUGGCAUCCUCACUUGACUACACAUCUUCAAACUCAUCCCUUAAAAUGCUCUUGCCCCUUGCUGAUCCUGCUCAGGCCCUCAAUGUUCCUGUUGUUCCUUUAGGGGCAUUAUUGGCAGCAGCCUAUCCUCUUUCAUCUGGCCCUCCUUAUGUCUUGUCUUGGCUUAAUUAUCUGAUAUCAGCAGAGGAUAUGAUGCAUCCCAAGUUGUUGAAAAAACUUGUCUUAAACAACUUUUGUACAAUUCCUGCUAAACUCCUCUUGCAGUUAACAACAGCUUUUCGAGAGGGUGGAUUAUGUGACAGGAGUGGCAAAUUUUUCUACAAAGAUCAUUUACAUAAAACUAAUGUCCCUGUUUUAGCACUUGCUGGAGACCAGGACUUAAUUUGCCCACCUGAAGCCGUAUAUGAAACUGCUAAGCUCAUUCCUGAACACUUAGUCACGUACAGAGUAUUUGGCGCACCUGAAGGUCCACAUUAUGCGCACUAUGAUUUAGUGGGAGGACGAUUGGCAGUGGAGCAAGUGUAUCCCUCUAUAAUUGAAUUUUUAAGUAGUAAUGACUCUGCAUGAUAUAGCACAUGAGAGUUUGUUGCCCACAAAAGAUCACGGGAGCAAACUCAUCUCUUAACAGGCAAACGCUCUUUCUCUUUCUCACUCUCACUCCUCCUAGAUGGCAACAUGAACCCCGCUCAGACAUUCUCAUCCCUUAGAAGGUAAGUUCUUCUCUCUUUCCUUUUAGGAAGGCUGUGCAUCUGAAGCAUUCCUCAUGGAGUGAAGGAACCUAAAAAUCUUGAUCUACAAUUUAUGAUUCAGGAGCUGGAAGUUUCCAUGUAUAUUUCUCAGCUCUGUGACUGCUCGAUGAUUGAUUAUAAUUUCUUUUUUCUUGUGAAGUAAUGUAUUUCCUGCCAAGGGCCAGAAUUUUCAUGAGUUUGGUUUGCUUUUCGGUGUCCAGAAACAUGUAGCGCAUAUUUGCUCAAAUGCUUCAUAUGUUUCAAUAGAAUUCAAUUCCUGAUUGUGAUUUUUUAA